AUGCCAACAGUCAUAGAAGAGCUUGUUGAGUUCCUCCACCAUGGAAAUACUCAGAUAAGACAAAUUGCAUGCGAAAACCUCGUUGGCUUCUCCACCGCUCAAUCGGACAUCUUCAAACGUCAUCAGCUUCUUCCAGUGCGCGAUCUCAAGCUUCUGGUUCGAGAUUAUACUCCAAUCGCGAAAAAUGCACUUACAAUUCUCAUCAAUAUCUCUGCUGACCAGGAAGUAUUGGCAAAUCUGGCGGAAGAUGAUGCGUUUAUAGAGACUCUCAUGGUGAAGAUAACGAACGUCAAGGAACCAAUCGCGGAUGACAUUGCUAUGCUCUUCGCCAAUCUCGCCAAGUCAGAUAAACUGAGCCGGCUCAUUACGUUGAAACGGAGGACUGCCGAAUCCAUUUCCACGUCUACUAUGGCGAUCGAUCAACUGAUGGAUUGUUUCGUGAAAGGCGCUGAGGGUGCUUUAAAUAAGAAUGCCAAUUUUGAUUAUCUCUCCUAUUUAUUCGCCGAUCUCUCCAAAUCUGAGGCAGGGCGCGCAUAUUUUACCACCCGACAGGAUUAUGAUGGCGUUGUCCCUGUCACUAAAUUGACAGUCUUCACUGAGCAUGAAAGUACAGUUCGGAGAAAGGGGGUGGCGUCAACGAUUAAAAAUGUCGCUUUCGAAAUUCCGUUUCAUCCGACUCUGCUCUCUGCAGACGAAGCCAAUCUACUUCCUUACGUGUUGCUGCCGAUUACAGGACCGGAGGAAUUCAGCGAGGAAGAGUCAAUGGCAAUGUUGCCAGACCUGCAGCUGCUACCCCCAGAUAAGCAGAGGGAUAGUGAUAACAGCAUCAUUUUAACGCACUUGGAGACAUUGUUACUGCUGACAACGACACGAGAAGGUCGUGACAAAAUGAGGGCUAUCAAUGUGUAUCCCAUCAUCCGGGAAUGCCAUCUCCAUGUUGAUGAUGAAGCUGUGCGCGAAGCCUGUGACAGGCUAGUCCAGGUGCUGAUGCGUGAUGAGGAAGGAGAGGAAAAUGCCAGCCAAGCUCAAAUUGAAGGCACAAAUUCUAUCUCCUCAUAUUCAGAUAUCCAUAUACAGCAAGGGUCUGCACAGAAUGAUGACGAGAAGGUUGUGGAAUUGUUCUAA